AUGGAGUCGAUUUCUCCUUUUUACGCUCUCUCCACGGAGGUCAAGUACUCUCCACCAUGGCAGGACCUGAGCAUUAUCGGAAUCGCUGGCAGUUCCGGGUCUGGAAAGACCUCUGUGGCCAUGGAGAUCGUCAAGUCGUUGAACCUACCUUGGGUCGUCAUUCUCGUCAUGGACUCAUUCUAUAAGACUCUGACUCCCGAGGAGCAUCGUAUGGCGCAUGCAAAUGAAUAUGACUUCGACUGCCCGGAUUCCAUUGAUUUUGAUCUUCUGGUCAAUACCCUCAAAGAUCUGAAGCAAGGGAAGAAAGCCCAUAUUCCAGUUUACUCGUUCGCCGAUCACCAGCGUCAACCCCAGACGACUACGCUAUACUCGCCCCGUGUACUGAUCUUGGAGGGUAUCCUUGCACUUCAUGACCCUAGAAUUAAUGAAAUGCUCGAUGUCAAGAUCUUUGUUGAAGCCGAUAUGGAUGUCUGCCUAGGCCGCAGAGUUCUUCGCGAUGUCCGUGAGCGAGGCCGAGACGUUGAUGGUAUCAUCAAACAGUGGUUUAAGUUUGUUAAGCCGUCGUGCACUAAAUAUGUGGAACCUCAGCGAGGCAUCUCUGACAUUAUCAUCCCUCGUGGCAUUGAGAACACAACAGCCAUCGAUAUGGUGGUCAAGCACGUCCAGCGUAAGCUCCAAGAAAAAUCUGAAAAGCACACUGAAGCUCUCCGAAAUCUUGGUUUGAUCGCAGCCAAAGUGGACCUGCCCGAAAAUGUGCAUGUCCUACCCGCGACACCUCAGUUCCAAGGAAUGAACACCAUCUUGCAGAGCCCCGAAACUGAAGAGGUGGACUUUGUCUUUUACUUUGAUAGACUGGCCUCUAUUUUAAUCAAAAAGGCCUUGGACAUGACGCCAUAUACCUCGACCAACAUAAAGACACCCCAAGGACACAAAUAUAUGGGUCUCAAGCCCGAGGGAACCGUUUCGGCUGUUGCUAUUCUGCGUGGGGGUUCGUGCUUGGAGACGGCACUCAAGCGAACCAUACCCGAUUGCAUCACUGGCCGAGUCCUAAUCCAGACGGACGAGAACAGCUCCGAACCGGAGCUGCACUACCUGAAGCUACCACAAGGGAUCGAGGCACACUCUACGGUUAUGCUUCUCGAUGUCCAGAUGUCCAGCGGAGGAGCUGCAUUGAUGGCUGUGCGCGUCUUGAUUGACCACGGCGUGCAAGAAGAGAGAAUUGUUUUCGUAACCUGCGCCGCAGGAGAGACGGGCCUCAAGCGAUUGACUGCCGUCUUCCCCAAGAUCAAUGUUGUUGUCGGGCGCAUUGAGGCGGACCUCGAGCCUCGUUGGAUGGAGAAGCGAUACUUUGGGUGCUAA